AUGGUAAUGCUAAAGGUUUAUGCUGAUGACAAGCCACAUGACCCUAACAGCCAUACCCAGCCACGCACCGAAAUUCGGAUAAAAGGUCUUGACUAUUCAUCAGGAGUUUGGCAGUUUGAAGGCUAUGGUUUUGUGCCGAAUGGAACAUCCGGGGCUAUCAUAUCCCAAAUCCAUGGAGCAGCUUCGGGCGCUACGACUUUGAUACUAAGGAUCUAUGAUGGAAAUAUGAGGUACUACAGAGGAGAUUUGGUGGACACCGGUCUUUAUGACAAGUGGUUUAGAUUAAAUGUAAUCCAUGAUGUUGAUGGAGGAAAAGUGACAGUAUAUAUUGAUGGUGUUAGAAAGUAUUCAACUUAGGAUAAAGGGCCAGGUGACCUAUAUUUCAAGUGUGGAGUUUAUGCAGCACCUCCUAAUAUAAGCUACUACAUGGAAUCAAGAUGGAGAGACAUCAAAAUAUAUAAGAAGUCAAAGUGAAAGUACUUGAAAUAAUGUGGUUGUGAAGUGAAAAUAAAGCUUUUGUAUCUUUUCACUUUAUUGUUGUUGAAACUAUAAAAUAAACGCCUUACAUUGUGAACUGCUGUUUGCACUUUCUAUCAUUUACAAUUCCUGAAAUAUUGGUUCACCGAAUUUUUCGAAAUCAUGACUUUCUUCUCCUUUGGAUGAUUGAUCCAUGCCCAACUUUUCCAAGGAGAAUAUUAUGCUGUGAUGAAAGAAUAAGUCUUGCUUCAGUUAAGGCUAGUGUUAUUGCUCUUUCUCGUUGUCCUUCUUCUUCUUCUUUGGUGCUAUACGUGCUGGAAUAUUUAUCUCAGAAAUUUGGGA